CAGCCUGCGGUGCACUCGUAACCUCACGGACUAAUGGGGCUUAUUCUGCUGAUUCUCCUCUACUGGAUCAACACCGUGGAAGGAUCAUGUUCGGCUGGCGGCGCUUUGACUUGUGACCAAUGUCUGCAGCUCAGUCCUCACUGUGCCUGGUGCACACAGGAGAACUUCACAGACUGGUUCUCAGUCAGCGAAAGAUGUGACACACUGGAUAUCUUGCAAGAAAAGGGAUGUGCCAGGAGCCAGCUGGAGUUCCCAGUCUCUGAAGGUCAAAUCCUCCUUGAUCACCCACUCGGGAAGAAGACAGACAGCGCUAACAGCACCCAGAUCUCUCCACAGAAGAUGGCCCUCAAGCUGCGAGCUGGCAGUCAGGUGACGUUUCAGGUCAAGAUUCAACACACAGAGGACUAUCCUGUGGAUGUGUACUAUCUGAUGGACCUGUCAGCGUCCAUGAUCGAUGAUCUGGAGAUGAUCAAAGACUUGGGCUCCUCUCUGUCUAAAGAGAUGGCCAACCUCACCAGUAAAUUUCGCAUGGGCUUUGGUUCUUUCGUGGAGAAACCUGUCCUGCCUUUCAUCAGGAUCACAGAGGAGGAGCUGGCCAACCCCUGCAGUGGCGUGGGUUCAACCUGCCUGCCAACGUUUGGCUAUAAACACGUCCUGUCUCUGACGAGCAGCACCGACAGGUUCAAUGAGAUCAUUGCAAAGCAGCGUGUGUCAGCAAACAUCGAUGUGCCAGAGGGUGGCUUUGACGCUGUCAUGCAGGCAGCUGUUUGUGGGGACAAGAUAGGCUGGAGGAAUGAUUCAAUGCGUUUGCUGGUGUUCGUCAGUGAUGCUGACUCACACUUUGGGAUGGACAGUAAGAUGGCCGGCAUCGUGAUCCCCAAUGACGGCCAGUGUCACCUGGAUGUCAACAAUGAGUACUCCAUGUCCACAAUACAGGAGUAUCCAACUCUCGGUCAGCUGAUUGAUAAAGUCAUGGAGAACAACAUCCUGCUGAUAUUUGCUGUGACAGAGGAUCAGAUACACAACUAUAAGAACUAUGCAAAUCUCAUACCUGGCGCCACAGUCGGAGCUGUGGCGACAGAUUCGAGGAACAUCCUGGAACUGAUUGUAACAGCGUACAAAGAACUGCGCUCAGAGAUCGAACUAGAGGUCCAAGGAGACACAGAGGAACUGCAGAUGUCCUUCACAGCCAUUUGCCCCAAUGGUACUAUCCUGCCUGACCUAAAACAUUGCUCCAACGUCAAACCAGGGCAGACGGUCGUGUUCAAUGUGUCUGUGGAGCUCCCAGGAUGCCUGUCAGGAGUUAGACACUUCUCCCUCAAGGCGGUGGGCCUGCAGGACAGUUUGGAGGUGGAACUGGAGUCUCUUUGCUCGUGUGACUGCCGGCAGCCUCCUGAAGCAAACAGCAGCCAGUGCACCGAAGGCCAGGGGGAGUUCCAGUGUGGCGUGUGCGUGUGCCAGCCGGGUUUUCUGGGAGCACAGUGCGAGUGCAACGAGGAGAGCGCUUUGUUGAGCAACUGCCUUGCCAGCAACGAGUCCGAAGUAUGCAGCAAUCAAGGGCAGUGCUACUGCGGACAGUGUGUGUGUCAUGCAUCCAGCUUCGGCCGCAUCUAUGGACCUUACUGCGAGUGUGACAACUAUUCCUGUGUUCGCUUCCGGGGAGAACUCUGUGGAGGCCACGGAGUGUGCGACUGCGGGGAUUGUCACUGUCAAAGUGGUUGGACGGGGGAGUAUUGCAACUGCAGUACCAGCACUGAAGCGUGCAUGUCGGAGGAUGGCACUGUCUGCAGCGGCAGAGGGAAAUGUGAGUGUGGCCACUGUGUCUGCUCUUUACCCGGAGCGUCUGGGGACAAGUGUGAGAAGUGCCUGACAUGCGGAGACGCCUGUAGCUCUGCAAGGAGCUGUGUGGAGUGUCACCUCCAAGAUAAGGAUGAUGCUGAGAUUUGUGAUGAAAAGUGCAGCGUUUCCAAAAUUUCCAUCGACACAACAGGAGCUCUUGUAGCUCGUGGGCUGAACAGCUGCACUGCACCUGGGAAAUGA